GUACUUUUUCGCUUUUCAACACUGACAGUGGAAGAAGAAGAUAGCGUGAGGCUAUUUGGCAAAUUGUAAAUAAAUAAAAUCAGACAAAAUGAGUUCGGGGGCCAUGCGCACUCCCGUCUCGCAGAUCCUCCAAAGCAAGCACGACCAGGAUGCCGAAGAGGAGCCCAAGAAGAAGUCCCGCGAGGACUGGCGCAAGGCCAAGGAGCUCGAGGAAGCUCGAAAGGCAGGAACAGCUCCAGCCGCUGUGGACGAAGAGGGUCGCGACAUAAAUCCACACAUCCCGCAGUAUAUAUCGAAUGCUCCGUGGUAUUACGGCUCACAGGGACCCACGCUCAAGCAUCAGCGGCCGCAGCAUGAGGACGAACAGGGCCAGCUAGACAAGCGUGCACCCAAGGGUUUGGACACCUCUCGCAUCAUCACCAAGUUCCGGAAGGGCGCCUGCGAGAACUGCGGAGCUCUCUCACACAAGCGCAAGGAUUGCCUGGAAAGGCCACGCAAAGUGCAGGCCAAGUAUGCUGAAUCCAUCGUUGUCCAUGAUGAGCAUCUAGUUAACGAGGCGGCGGUCAACUAUGACGAGAAACGCGAUCGCUGGAGCAGCUACGAUCCGGCAAACCAUCGAGAGAUCGUUGAGGAGUAUGAGAAGGUUGAGGAGGCCAAGCGGCAGCUCAAGGCCGAGAAGCUCAAGAAUGAUCCUGAUGCUGAGAUUUCCGAUGAAGACGGCAACGAGGACAAGUACGUGGACGAAGUGGACAUGCCGGGCACGAAAGUGGAUUCCAAACAGCGUAUUACUGUGCGCAACUUGCGUAUCCGUGAAGACACAGCUAAAUACCUACGAAAUUUGGAUCCGAACUCCGCCUACUACGAUCCUAAAACGCGCUCUAUGCGUGAUAAUCCCAAUCCUGCGGUUCCGGAAGAAGAAGCUGAGUUUGCUGGCGAGAACUUCGUGCGGUUUUCGGGAGACACCACAGCACAGGCCACAGCUCAGUUGUUUGCUUGGGAAGCCCAUGGCAAGGGUGUGGAUGUCCAUCUGCUGGCUGAACCCACCAAGUUAGAGCUGCUCCAGAAGGAGUACGAACAGAAAAAGGAGCAGUUCAAGUCAAGUACCAAAACUCACAUCGUGGAGAAAUACGGCGGAGAGGAGCAUCUACAGGUGCCGCCCAAGUCGCUGCUGUUGGCUCAAACUGAGGAAUACAUCGAAUACUCUCGCAGUGGCAAGGUCAUUAAGGGCGUGGAGAAACCAAAAGCCCGCAGCAUUUACGAGGAGGAUGUUUACAUCAAUAACCACACGACUGUGUGGGGCAGCUUCUGGAACGCCGGUCGUUGGGGCUACAAGUGCUGCAAGUCCUUCAUCAAGAACUCCUACUGCGUGGGCAUGCAAGAGCCAGAGGGCUAUUCGGAUCAGCAUUCAACUCCUAGUUCCAGCUCAGCAACAUCUGCUGCAGAGUCCACCGCCCAAGUUCAUUUCAAAGUGCCAGAUGUACCAUCGGAGAAGCCAGUUCUCUCCGAAGUCGACUCUGUGCCGAGCUCAGAAUCUUCAUCAUCGUCAGAGGAGGAAGAGAAGCCGGAGAAGAAAAAGUCAAAAAAGAAAUCCAAAAAGCGGGAGAAGAAAAAGAAGGCCAAGGAGCAGCGCAAACAGAAAUCCAAGCACAAAGAAGCCAAGGAUAAGGAGAAGACAAAGACGAAGGAAAGGGCAAAGGAUAUUCCUGAAGAGAUGGACGAUCGUAAGCGGGCCUACAACAGCAUGUACGAUAUAAAGGCACCCACCGAGGAUGAGAUAGAAGAGUGGAAGAAGAAGCGGCCGCGUGCAGAAGAUCCAAUGAUGCAGUUUAUGUAGACGUGAAUAUAAAAAUAAUCUAGAUUAUAAAGGAAACUUUAAUCUUA